AUGGCUCAGGAAGGGGAAGCCAGGCUCCCGGAGGGGGACACCACCGGGGAGCCAAGACUCGGGAUCCCAGGCUACAUCACAUCGCACCUCACCUUCCCGCUGCUGUCGGUCACUCUCCUGGUGUCCUUUGGCUCCUCCAUGCUCUACGGCUACAGCCUGGCUGUGGUGAACGCGCCGGCAGUGCCCAUUAAGGCUUUCUACAACGCCACGUGGUCCCGGCGGCACGGGCACGGGCUGGCCCCCGGCCCCCUCACCCUCCUCUACUCCCUGACCGUCUCCGUCUUCGCCCUGGGUGGGCUACUGGGCUCCAUACUGGUCGGGGUGCUGGUGGCGCGCUACGGCAGAAACGGCACGCUGGGCCGCAGCGCUCUCCUCGUCCUCCUGGCCGGUGCCUCCAUGGGCUUCAGCCGGGACCUGAGCUCCCCCGAGAUGGUGAUUUUCGGCCGCUCCAUCAUGGGGCUCCACUCAGGCAUCUGUCUCAGCGUGGUGCCCCUGUACCUCGGAGAAAUCGCCCCCAAGAGCCUGCGAGGUUUCCUUGGCCUUGUGCCCAGCAUCUUCAUCUGCCUGGGGGUUUUCUCAGCGCAGGUCCUGGGGCUCCCGGAGCUGCUGGGCAAGGACAGGUACUGGCCCCUUUUCCUGUCUGUGGUGGUCGUUCCUGCCUCCCUCCAGCUCCUGCUGCUGCGCUGCUUCCCUGAGAGCCCGCGGUACCUGUUGGUAGAGAGGAACAACGUCCAUGGUGCCACCAAGGCGCUGCGCUGGUUCCUGGACACCACCGACGUGCAGGAUGAGAUCGAGGAGAUGAGGGAGGAGCAGCGGUCGCUCUCUUCCGUGGAGACGGUCUCCGUCUGGCAGCUGCUCCGGGACCGCUCCGUCCGCUGGCAAACCCUCUCCGUGGUGGUGGUGAACGCUGGCAUGCAGCUCUCGGGGAUCGAUGCCAUCUGGUUUUACACCAACACCAUCUUCGAGAGCGCUGGCAUCCCGGCGCCCCACAUCCCCUACGCCACCGUGGGCACCGGAGCCAUUGAAAUCCUGGCGGGGCUGGUCGGGACCACGCUGGGAAUAAGUCCUGAUGGGCUUCCCAAGGCCCCUCCAGAGGUGGCAUCUGCUCCCGUCCCUAUGCGGCUGGCAAGAGGCUUCGUGCCCUUAAAUAAGCGUGGGCUUGAGACCGGCGUCCCCUUCCUCAUGACGGCCGAGCUCUUCACACAGUCGCACCGCCCAGCCGCCUACAUCGUCGGGGGGUCCCUCAACUGGCUCUCCAACUUCACCGUCGGCUUCGUCUUCCCCUUCUUGCAGAUGUCAGCUGGUGCCUUCUGCUACCUGUUUUUCUGUGGUGUCUGCCUGCUGGUGGCCCUCUAUGUCUACCUCAUCGUCCCUGAGACCAAGAACAAAACCUUCCUGGAGAUCAGCCAGACCUCCCCCCCCCGCCGCUCCUUCCGGUCUGCCCCAGCCCACCUCGUUGGGAUGAUGAAGCUCAGUGGCUAUGGGUCUCUGGAGAACAGCUCACCAGAGGGUCUGGGCCCCCAUCUGCCCUGA